AUCGCUGCAAUCGAUAUAUCGAUAUGGAUAGCUCACCACUACAAACUUCGAUUUUAUCUUUGCUUAUGUACAAUACUUUGGAUUGGAGUUUCGUUCUUUUACAAAUAUUUAAAAAUGUGAAAAGUUUGAUUUUUCAAUUACGUUUUUCACUACAGUUUAACUGGUGACAGUGUUCGCGCUAUAAAACAUUUGCAAUUUGCAAUAAUACAUCUGAAAAGUAUAUAGUUAUAGUGAUAAGCAGGUUUUAUUUGUCAAUAUCACCGUAUUUAUAUUUAGUAUAUAAGUUGACUGAAAGAAGUCAUGUCUUUAAUUAGUUGUAAAGAAGAUAGCGUGAAGGACAAUAUACUAAUGGAAGAGGGUGACAGCAGUUUAGAACCUGGUGAAGUUAAAACACCUCCACAUGGCUCAGAGCCAAUGAAAACUAUAGUGUCUGAGGAAAUAAAUGCCAAAUGUAGUACACCCCAAUAUGUACCUCUCGUUAAAUCAGCUUCUAAAAAAGAAACUGAUAAAUGUGCGGAAAAAGUGCGUGCUAUACUUGAAUUAGAUGCAAUUAAAAGGAAGGAGGAACUGGAACGCAGGAAGGAGCAAAAGACGGAAUUCUUAUCACUCCAAAGCAAAAAUAAGAAAAAGGAGCAGAAAAAAAUAAGAACUUCAAAAGAAGAUAUCAAUCUUGAGGCUUCUGUAGAUUAUACAUGCGAUAGAAAUCCAGAGGAUGUUACAAAAAAGCUUAAACAUAAGAGAAACGGCAAUGAAGAACAUCUAAAUACUACAAGACCUAUUGCAGAGUCAAUCGAAAGUGUGCGAUCCGUUAGUAGUACUGUUUCAAUGCCACUGUUGACACCAAUGGAUUUUGUUACAUCUACAACUAAUGUAACGUCGAAUUUUAAUCGCGGGUUUUCAGGAAUAAAUAAUGCAGGCUUUCGUUCAUAUAACCCAUUUCAAAGGAAUUAUCGUACUGAUUUCCGCCAUAGGGGGGAUGAUUUCCACAAACAUAAUCGUACACGUUUCCCCAGAUAUCGUUCACAAUAUAAUCCGGGCGGUUUUAACACACCAUCGGAAGAGUCUUCUCACACAGCACUUCAAUCCGGUAUACCAUAUUCCCAGCUAAUGUGGACCAAAACGAAACCUUCUAUAUCUUAUGCAUACAAUAUACAUGAUAGGCAAUCUGAUAAAAAUAGUAAGAAAAGCUCUGAACAAAAUGUUCCGAAAAAGAAAAAGAACAAAAAGUUAAAAGAGCAGGAUGAAAGUAAUAAAACUCAAUCAAGCCCAAAAAGUAGCCGAAAAUCAAGUAAAAGGAAGAAAAUCAGAAAAAUUCGAGAAACGUUACAGUUGCAACCUUUAAAAAAUACCUUGAUUGCAAAUGAGGAAGUUUUAGCAGCGGAGGGUCUUAUUAACACAAACAUUUCAAUAGUAAAAAAGGAAAUUUCAAUAGCAAACAUCAAGACUCAAGACCCAAUAGCGGAGAGUGGGAACAAAAGUUGUAUUCAAUCAGAAGCAAAAAACGAAAAUAAAUCAUCGGGUAUGACUACCAAUUCGUCAAAAUCACAAAUUUUGGAUAUGUUUGCAAGUUUGACUCCACCAAAGCAAGAAUCGCCGCCUAUUGAUGUGAAAAGCUCUUCAACGAACGUCCAGAUAACAAGUAAACUUCAAGAAAUGCAAGAUCGAAUAGGCAAACUACUUGAUGAUGAUGAACUAAGACUUGAAGUCAUACAAGCAACUAAAGAAAAGUUAUUACAAAAAUCUCGUGAACAUAUAGGAAUCGAUCACGCAAAAAAACUUACAACAAAAAAAUGUUCGAGUCCAAACUUGCCGAUUAAUAGCAUAUCACCUAAUCGUUCUAUAUCAGAGUACCAACUCGAUAGUCUUUCAAAGAAACGCACUAAAGAUAGAGAAUUUGUACCUAAAUCGCUUAAUGAAAACAUAUUAAAGGAAAAAUCUUCUUUCGAUAUAUUUAGCGAAGCAAAGGAAGAUGUCCGGAAGAACACCAAAGGUGGUAGAGAUUCUACUCCCGACUCCUUACAUUCCAGAAGUCUUAAUAGUAUUUCUAUCAGUCUAAACUCUUCAAAUUUCAAGCAAAAACCAAUUGAAAAUACACCAUUUAUAAGAAAAAUAUCCGAAAAACUUACAAGUUCAUUAGAAGAUUCUCCUUGUAUGCUUUCGAAAUCCGUGAUAUGUGCAACCAAUGGUAGUCCCGAUACAGAUGAUUAUUCAGACAAUUGGGAAAAUGAUGAUGAUGAAAUGGAUUUGAACUCAGUUUUUUCCAAUAUAAAUCAGCAAUCUCCUAAAAAUGUCACAAAUAGUAUGGGAAGUCCUUCGUCAAGUACAGUUGAUAGUGCAGAAUCGGAUUCCAAUUCAAAAAUUCAAAGUACAACUCCUAAAAAUUCACCACCACCUCAACUAUGCUCAUCACCAAAAUGCAUUUUUGAACCCAAAAAAGCGCAAAAGCAAAAUAUAGUUUGUCAAGAAACAAGCGAUAUGCAACAGCUUUAUAAUCAAUUUAUAAAAAGUGUCGAGAAUGCUGAUAUUGAAAAUGCACUAAAGUCUAGUGAAAAUGAGUCAAUCAGUGAAAUCAAAAAGGAGCAAGAGAGUGAACAAUUAUCGACUUCAUCUACUUCUUAUUCAUCCUCUUCUUCCUCAUCAUCUGAUACGUCGGCCUCAUCGUCUGGAUCGUCUAGUAGUACAAGUUCCAGUGAUUCAGCAUCGGAUGAUAGUAAUGAUACAGAUAUUCAAAACAAUGAUUCAAACGUCACAGGCAAUAAUGAAAAUGCAACAGAAAAAGUCAUUAAACGUCGUUCAUCGGAUGUCGAAAAAGCUACUACCACGAAAGAUGAUUCGAAACCAAAUGUCGCCAAAGACCUUAAAAAAUUGGAAAAUCUGGAGGCAAACUUAUUACGAAUACAAAUGAUGCGUGCGAACUAUGAUUCAGCUGAUGAGAUUAGUGAUGAAUUAUUGAAAAUGGAGAAACUUUUCUUACACGAGAAAAAUAUCAUAUUAAAUAAGUUUAUGGACUCUUCAGCAAAUAAAUCAGUGAAGGUUGAAAAAGAAAGUCACAGUGAUUUGGAUACUAACAUCGAACCGACGGCGGACACCACGCAAUCGGCUACAAUAGCGCGAGGACAGUUCGUGCAAUCUUUACAAAAAUUGCCAAACAAAGACGGUAUACCCGAAGUCUCCAAUAUAUUUAGCACAAAUCGGGAAGUGAUCAAAUUGACUAUAUCCCCUGUAAAGUUACCUAAAACUUCUGCUAUAUUCGAAGCGGAUAAUGAUUUAGAAACCGCAAAACAAGCUAUAGAUCCCCCUGAGAAAAAUAACUUAACAGUAAAACUACCAAAGCCCGCGAAAGAAGUUGCAAUAGUCAAGCCUAUAAUGGAAAAUAAGGAAUCACCAUCUGCUCACCAUCAAAAACGUCGUCGAUCACCAAUAAUAUCCAGCCAUACUGUGCAAUCAAGGUCUCGGUCACGUCGGGGACGUGUGCGCUCGCUGUCAGUGAGUCCAACUCGGAAUAGUAGUGGACGUUGCAUUUCGCCUCCUAGACGCAGUGGCUUUUCGAAGUCAUCACGUAAUCGUAAUUUCGAACGCCGCAGCAGGAGUCGUAGUCCUAGUUUUAACAGACAACUUAGUCGGCGUUCCGGUGAUAUCAGUCCGAUUCCCAGAAAACGUCGAACAGUUUUAAAUAUUGAUGGGCGAUUCCGGAAACAUUCACCAAGAAGGGAUUCUCGAUCGCAUUCUCGAUCUCCAUGUUCACCUCCUCAUCGUCAUCGGGGUGGUCGAUAUUCACGUUCGCCUUUGCCAUUUAAACCGCCUUCACCACCCACAGACCCCAAUUUAUCUCCAACUGGCUCAGGUCGUAACAGUUUGUCUCCGGAGCGACGGUCAAUCUCUCGUUCACCGAGUAGGAGGACUACAUCACCGUCUGAAAAAUCCUACGAUAGUAACAGACGUCGAUCUUUAUCACCUAAACAUCGGAUUUACAAACAGCAUCCGCCCCAUCAUAGUAGCACAUCAUAUUACUUCAAUCACUCGCCUAAUAGAAUAUCUUUGGAUGCUCGUAUAAAUAUCGUGCUCAAUGGGCCGUCUUCUGGUAACAAUGAAAAUACUAAUAGCAUCGCAGCAUACGAAGAUUACAGUCACUAUGGUCAGUAUGGACCAGCAGCUUAUAUGUCCUUACCAGGCGAUUCAAAUAGCUUUUACGCAAAUCAAUACGUACAGAUGGCAAAUUCCGGAUCUACUGGUCCUCCUGUACAUGCCAUUCAACAUACAUACCCGAACUUUAGACCUGUUGGUACAGAUGAAUCGGAACUAUUUUCAUCAAUACCACAACACCCUAACGUAAAUACAUCGAACUUUUACUACAAUCGUUUUGGUACACAGCCUUUUGGAUUAAACCAACCAUCGCCAUUGCUAAAGGAGCUACCCAAAGCGACAGUAGCAGUGCAAAAGGGAAAUGUCCUCGAAAUCGUUCCAUGCAGUGACUUACUAACAGGUAACGUCGCGGAUAAUACGCAAGGGGACAAUGAAAAUCGAAUCAGCAAAGAUAGUUCCAAUGAACAAGUUGUAGAAGAAAAAUCCGGUUCUAACGAGGACAAAAACAAACGCAGUAUUUUGAAAGCAUUGGAUGGUGAAACAAAUUCAGUGCAGGGCGUCCUUGUAAGUGUACCCAAGAAGAAACAAGUGAAUUUCGAAGAUGGAGUCUUUCCAAAUCAUAAUAGUGAUGAAGAAGAUCGUAAAGUGAUAGAAGCUAAAAUACGCGUUAAAAUGCGGAGAUUGAAGAAGAAACAUGGAAUUACACCCCCGUGUCAUAAUUUGUUCAAAGACAAAGUUCAUAAGGAAAAACAAAAAGCCAGCUCGAAUAAAAAGGACCAACAACCACCUCCACCACCACUUGGUUUUCCCUCUCCGAACCUGGAGCAGCCAAUUUAUUUGCGGACUCAUACACCAACGCCACUGUUGUACUUUCAUUUUGAUGGCGUUGUUCAUUCAAUGUAUGUAUCGCAAAUGGAAAGACCAAUACCUCCACGACUUCUUAAUCCGAAGUGUUUAACAUCAAGUAGUGUUGGUGUAGUUUCUCAUCAUGCCGAUUCACAAUCUCCACUUUAUAUGCAAUCACCAAUUACCGCGGUAGCACCACACUUGCAUGCAAGUAAAAAGGAUCCCAUUGCAACAUUCACCCGCCCAAAUCGAAAUGAAAAUCUUUCACCAAAAGUAAUUUGUUCGACUACAACACUGCAACAGAUUGGAAGCCCUAAAAUAAAUUUUAAAAUUUAUUCGCCAAUCGAAAAUAUGCACCAUACAGAGAUUAGUAAUGUCACAUUACCCAGUACAUCACCCAAUAGCACCAAGGGUAAUACCAUUCAUACAAUCUCAUCUGCAGCGAUAGUAAACCAUUUGGUUCCAAAACGACAGGAUUCUCCAAAAGACGCUGUUAGUACACGUACAAAUGUUUCUAUGGGAUUGCUACCAGUGCCCAUAACCCAUCCUCCUAUGUCGCAAAAUAUCGCAAUCACAUCACAUACUCGUAUACCAGUUAUAGGCGUUCCACCAACUGUGAUUCCUAAAGUGAUGUCGACUACAUCAGAACCAUAUAUGCCUGGUUUUCCGCCUACAAUGCUGCAAAAUCCACAUCAUUCAAUUAAUCAGAAUUACAUGGUGUCCCCAUCUAUAGCUCAAACCAAUAAUCAACAUGUGGCGAUUGGGGUGCAACCAUAUUUUAAUGCGCCCAUUCAUCGAAUGCAUCGACCUUUACCAAAUUAUAUGGGUCAGCAGAAUCAACCAAGUCCCGCCACUUCGAACUUGCCCAUCUGUCACUUGGUAGACCCCGCAGACUCUACGAAUCCUGAUCUAGAUAAAUUCGCCAGCCCACAAACAAUGGCAAUUCCAUACAAUUUUAAAGGACCGUAAAUAAGCUGGUAUUUUACAUUUUAUAAAUAUAAGUAUAGAAUAGACAUAGUAUUUGUAAACUAGUGGGAGUAGCCGUAAAUUGUUUUAUUUUUUAUUGAAACCAAACAUGUUCUAUUAAUUUAAUCGCCUUAAACUGAAAAAUACAUAGAAAAUAUAAAUAUGUUAUUGACUAAGGCUCCAUAUAUGUACAUACAUAUAUACAUUUGUGUAUAUAUUUCUAAUUGUUACAGAAUAACACCUACAUUUGUAUAAUAAUAUAUGAAUACCGAUUAUUUUAAAACAUAGCAAAAGCCUUACUGAAGUUUAAUACUAAAAACAUUAUUCAUAGCAAUACAUAUUGAAAUUAAUUCAUAUAGACAUUUUCAUUCGAUAAAUAAAUAUAGUUGAUCUUUCAGCAGAUAUGCAAACAUGUUAAAAAAACAUAUUUAUAAGAGAAUCAAGUUUGAUUUCUCUAAAUGUUCUCCAAACUCCACCACAUUGGAUGAGCAUGACAACCAGAGGAACCAUGAAUAUCCUGCUGACCCAUACCAUACUA